AUGGCGAAACAAAGGUUGACGGCCUUGGAUAUACGCGCGAUAAUCACCCUGUGCAAAAAUAUCCUUGUCGGAUGCGUAGUAACGAACAUUUAUAACAUCUCCAACAAAAUUUACGUUUUAAAAUGCUCGAAGAAGGAGCAGAAAUAUUUUUUCCUGGUGGAAGCUGAAAAGAGAAUCCAUAUAACAGAAUGGAAGAGGGAUAAAGAUGUGAUGCCAUCAGCAUUUACUAUGAAGUUAAGGAAGCAUCUGAGGUCUAGGAAGAUUACCAACAUAACCCAACUGGGAGGAGACAGAGUGGUUGACAUUCAAUUUGGCUUCGACGAUAAAGCAUGCCAUCUGAUUGUGGAGUUAUACAUUGCUGGAAAUAUUAUCCUGACAGACAGUAAUCAUAAAAUAUUGUCCAUUUUGAAGAGCAAUGAUGCUAUCGGAAAGAAAUAUAACAUCAAUGAUGUGUACAAUGUAGAGGAACACACAUCCAUCCUGCUGCACAAAAAUUUGGAAGUAGUCAACGUGGAGAAUAUAAAGAAGAGUAUCAACGAAAUAAUGCUUCUUUAUAACAAUGUCACCCUUGAGGAUGUUUCUUCCAUAACUAAGGAUGUAGUAGUUAAUCAAGUGGGUACUGGCGCCAUGUCGCAUGAGUUUCAAAAUAACGGGGUGGAAGAUACGAACUUGGGGUUGCCACAGAAUAAAGCGAUUUUUGGUGAACGCGCCAAGGGUGAAGACGAAGAGACCACAAUGAGCAAAAAGGGGAUUGACAAUAAUAAUGGUGGUAGGACAGAAAACGGAACGGUAAAGAAUGGCAUUGAGGAAGGGGCACACCGAGGUAGUGAGGGUAAAGGAAAAAAUAAAGGGAACAGUAACGCCAAAUUGAAAAGCGCCAAACAUGUGCAGGAUAAAACAUCGGCAAGUUUGAAGAACAGUUCGAAUAAAAAAAUCAGCACCGUCAUUUGCAGCGAUAAUGAGAAAGGUAAAAAGAUGAAGAAGCUUAGAACGUUAACCGAUUUAGCAAGCAAGCUUAUUGUGUUUGCCCAUAGCGAUCUAAUUGUGCAUUCGUUAAUCGCAUGUGAUGUGAACCCCACAGAUUCGUUGGAGAGAUACACCUUGAGUGACUUGGGUCAGAUUUUGCAAAAGGCGAUAAAUGAAGCGCUAUGCGUGCUGAACAGCUUUAGCAGCGAGGAGAAGUGCGUAAAGGGUUACGGCUUUGCCCCGAAGGGUGGUGCAAAAUGCGAAAAAGGAACAAAAGCGGUAGAAAAUAAAACCGAUGGUGGCGGUGGCAAAAGGAAAAUUGAAGCCAAGCCCAUUGAUGGCAAAGUAGCAAUCAAGGAGGAAGACAAAACUGGUGAAAAUAUCGCAUUUACUGAGUUUUCCCCAACCAUUUUGAACAAUCACAAAAAUAAAGUGGAGGAGAACAAACUGGAGAUCAUUCAUUUUGAUGAUUUUAACAAAUGCGUAGACACCUAUUUUAGUAGAAUGGAAUUGUCCAAGUACGACAGGCAGCAGGAAGUCAUUAAGAUUAAAAAAUCUCUUACUAAAAUGGAUAAAAUUAAGUUAGACCAUGAAAGGAGAAUCGAACAGUUAGAGAAGGAAGUUAGUUCGCUUAGGAAAAAAAUUUCGCUAAUUCAAAUGAAUGACGAAUUGGUUGAGCAAGCCAUACAGUUAAUGCGUGCCGCGGUGGCGACGAAUGCCAAUUGGGAAAAAAUCUGGGAGCAUAUUAAACUUUUUAAGAAGCAGAAUCAUCCCAUAGCACUGCGGAUUAGCUCCGUGAAUUUUAACAACUGCGAAAUGGAGUUGCUGUUAGAUGACGCCGAGGCAAACAAACAGGGAAAUGACCUCUCCAGUGAAGAAAACGAACAGGGAAGCGACGACCCGUCCAGUGAGGCAAACGAACAACAGUCAAAGGGGAAAACGUCCAAUAGGGAGGCUGCAACAAACAAAAAGUUCGCAGUUACCAUAAAUUUAAACAAUUCUGUGUAUGGAAAUGUAGAGGAUUAUCAGAAGCUGCGAAAGAAGGCAGAAGAAAAAAUAAGGAAAACAAAAAUAUCCACGAACUUUGCUGUAAAAAAAGUGGAGAAAAAAAAAAAAGAAAAAGAAAAUAAACAAAAGGGGAAACAUAAUAAGACAGUUGGUCAAAUUCAAAAGUUAAGAAAAGUCCAUUGGUUUGAGAAAUUCCACUGGUUUAUCUCGUCGGAAAAUUAUUUAGUCAUUGCUGGGAGGGAUGCACUACAAAAUGAAAUCCUCUUUAGGAAGUAUUUUCAAAAGAAUGAUGUUUAUGUGCAUGCAGAUAUUCAUGGUGCUUCGACAUGUAUUAUCAAAAAUCCGCAUAAGGACAUCUCCAUUCCGGAGAAAACCUUGUCUGAGGCUGGCCAGCUAGCCAUUUGUAGAAGUUCUGCUUGGAAUAAUAAAAUUAUUACUUCGGCUUGGUGGGUGCACUACCAUCAAGUUAGCAAAUCGGCUCCGACAGGGGAAUACUUAAAAACGGGGUCCUUUGUAAUCAGGGGGAAGAAGAAUUACUUGCCGCACGUCAAGCUGGAAAUGGGACUGUGUAUAAUUUUUCAGGUGGACAAUGCUGUACUGGACAAUAACGAGGAGAACAAUUUGGACGACACGCAGAAGAGCUUCCACAAUGAUGGUGAUAAGAGGAGAAGCGAUGGUGAUAACGCAGUUUGGGGGGAUUCCGUUAUGAGGGAUUCCAUUGUGAGGGAUACCCUUAUGGAUACCUGCACCGGAGAGGGUUUCAUCCAAGCUUAUAAUCCUUACACAGGUCCAGCGGAAGAAAUUUUCAUCCCUGCGACAAUUCUCACUAACGCUACACAACCAUACAACAGUGGUAGUACGUCUGCCGAAUGUAUCUCCCUUUCGGCAUGGAAUACCUGCUUCGAAUUGCAGAAUGCCCCAGAAGGUAUAAAGAAUGCGAAGUGUCUGAACAGCUGCGUUCCGCCAAGUGUGCCAUGUAGGGGGUACUCAAAAAGGUGUGAAAAGAAGAAGAGACAUUUAUACAACCGUUUUGUUGGCUUCUUCCUUCCAAAUAGAAAUAGAACAAAUCUGUUGAAUCAGAAUUUUGAGAAAAAGUUCGAUCGAGUCUUUCCCAUUUUGGAAAAAUUAGGAAUCGUGUAUAGUUACGAUUAUUCUAUUGUGAAAGGCUUGUUAACAGGGGUAGAUUCCAAUUUAUGGUCGGAUGAACGUAAAUACAGAGAAGUCUUUAAGUCCCUCAUCCGUAGAAGAAAUGGGCAUUUAUCAAAAUGCGGCAUGUGCACCGCUCUGAAGAGCACUUACAAAAUGUUGCUAUUCAGGAUCUGCAACGUCUGCAUGUAUAUCUUUCUGGAUACUUAUUACCACGUUUCGAAAGAGCACACCUCGUUGGACGAUCCUACUUUGGGAGAAGCUUUCCCCAUUUUGCGCCCAUUUUUCAGAAGGUUAAAAGAUGCUGUAACUUUUUUUCUUUCGCAUAAAGGGUUUGGACACAAGGGCAGUUACACAUGUCUCAGUUUAUAUUUAGAAGGCAUCCCAGAUAUGAUGUGCACUGGUAGGCAUGAUGGCUCGUCUGAGCGAUUGCGAGGUUGUACGAGGAUAACAAUUAAUAGGAUGGAAUUGAAGAAGAUCUUUUCUUCUAGCUUUAUGAAUGGAAGGUCGCCAGAACAGCUUGGGAGUAGCUAUGUAAAGGAUUAUUUGUGCGAAAGGGGAAGAAGAAUCCCAUUUAUUUUUGUUGACUGCCCGGUGUACGGGGCGCCCCCAGUGACCUUCAAAGAUGAGGACUCAGACGAUUCCGAGUCGAAUAAGAAGGUAAAAGCGGAACUGGUCGACCACCCAUCGGUAAAUAACCAUGAUGGGAAGAGAGAGUAUGACGAAGAGGAGGAGAAGAAGAAGGACAAGGCAAAAAAGGUUUCCUUUGUAAGCGAUGAUGGUGAAGAAUGUCCCAAAUUGGUAAGGCCCGCGAGAUCGCGCAAGGUUACAGGGUUUGUAAAGAUGGACGUAAGUAAGCUGCUCCAGGAGAUAGAGGAGAAGGAAGAGCAGCAGGACCAGCAACAGGAGCAGCAGGAGAAGGAAGAUGAAGAAGAGGAAGAAGCAGAAGAAGGGGGGAUGGACGCAACCGAGGAGACAGGCACCUCCACCAAAGUUACGGUUUGCGAAGAGGGGGAAAGAAGGGGUGAGAAAAAAAGCGUCACCUUUACGUCAGAGGGUGAGUCGGUUGGUGAUGGAAAACAACCCUCGUUGAAUGUGCCGAGGCCAGUGAGGUCCCGCAAACCCACGGGCUUCGUCAAGAUGGAUGUUAGCAAGUUGUUGCAGCAGAUAGGGAAUGAGGAGAAUUCUGAGGAUGGGGAAGAGACGAUUGAAGCGGGCGGGGUGAGGCAGGUAACCCCUGUGAGUAAUUCAAAUAUCGACAUUAAGAAAGACGAAGCGAAGGUAAAAAAGCAGGAACAGAAAAAUAUGUCCUUCUGCGAGAGCCCGCGUACACCUAGCAUAAGAAAAAAAAGCGUUUCUUUCAGUUCUGAGGAUGAACAUAUAUACGUCGAAAGGCAAGAGUCGCUCAACGUGCCGAGGCCGGUUAGGUCGCGAAAGCCGACAGGUUAUGUCAAGAUGGAUGUGAGCAAGUUGCUGGAGGAGAUAGAGAAUGAAGAAGAGUCCGACGAAGCGGGUGCAGCUGGUGCAGUGGGGGUUUCUUCCGAUACGAACAGAACUAGGCGUGCGAACCAUCUGAAUGUCCUCAAUGCAGAGGACGGACAUAGGGAAGAGACACCAAAAGUGACGUUCGCCGAGGGUCCACUUACCACUGAUUCGAAGAAAAAAAGCGUGUCCUUCAAUUACGAAGAUGCGUAUAUGCAAGGCGAGAAGAAGGAAUCGCUGAAUGCGCCCAGGCCAGUGAGGUCGCGCAAGCCCACAGGCUUUGUCAAAAUGGAUGUCAGCAAGUUGCUUCAGGAGAUAGAUCGUGAAGAGGAGUCUGACGAAGGGCAAGAAGACACCAAAAAAAUGGAACCACAAGUGGUGAAGGCCCCUGACAUGACCCCAAGUGAUGAUCAAAAAGAGAAAAAAGUUACCUUUACUCCUGAGGGUGGAGAAUCCGUUUCUGUGAAGGAAUCAGAGUCGCCUAGCUUUUCCAGAUCGGCCAGACCUCGCAAAGCAACUGGUUUUGUCAAAAUGGAUUUAAGCAAACUGCUGGAGGAUUUGGAAGGAGAAGAGGGGGACGGAGAAGAGAAUGACGGAGACAGAAAUAGCGACACAGGGGUGGAACCAGAAGGGAAGAAAAAUUUUGAUGGUGGCAAUGACAACGAUGAUGACGACGAUGAUGAAGACGAUGAUGAAGACGAUGAUGAAGACGGCGAUAACGACGAUGAAGACGACGAUAACGACGAUGAGGACGACGAUGAGGACGACGAUGAAGACGAAGAUAACGACGAUGAGGACGACGAUGAUGAAGACGAAGAUAACGACGAUGAGGACGACGACGAUGACGAUGAAGGAGGUAGUUCUGAAGGAAGCGAGGAAUCGAACGAGAGCAAUCAAUCGGUCAGCGAUGACCACAGGGAUAGGAAUGGAGGUGACAGCGACAGUAAUGAUAGCCAUGAUGGAAACGUACAAUCCGGUGGAAAUAAACAUGGAGAAAAAGGAAAUAAUGAAAAGCGAAGUCAUGAAGACGAAGCAACGAAUGAGAGGAAUAGGGAUGACCAGCAUGGGGAGGAAAAAUGUAGAAAUAAUUCAAAUAGGCAGAGUGAAAAUAAGGCAAGAAAAAAUGCCAUGAAGGAACAAAAUGUUUCUGUUAACCACGGAACUGUGAAAGACCAAAAAAAGGAUAAGAGUUGCGUGCACCUGUUGAGAGGAGCAAGAACGAAAAAGAAGCGGAUGAAGAAAAAAUACGGGGAACAGGAUGACGACGAUGAGGAAAGGCAAUUGCACAUGAAAAUAAUUGGGGCAAGAAAGAUGAAGCACGAGACGGAGAAGGAAAAAGUAGAGAAGCUGCAGAGUAAGACGGCGGAGCAAGAGAACAAAUAUAAAAGCCCCAAAGAAGUCACAAUGAAUUUUGAGGAAAUAAAUGAGGAAGAAAUGAAGGACAAAAUGAGCGAAUUAAAGAAGUUGGUGUGCACACCCAAGGAAGGAGAUAACCUGAUAUUUGCAAUUCCGAUGUGUGCGCCUUAUUCAGCCAUUCAUAAUCAAAAGUAUAAGGUGAAACUGGUCCCCGGAAAUGCCAAAAAAGGGAAGGUUGCCCAAUCUUGCAUUUCAUACUUCCUGAAAAUGUCAACCGAAGAAAAGGAAAAGGAGCUCAUCAAAAAUAUAUCGGUGGACGAACUGGGAAACUGCAUUAUAACAAAUUCGACCCCCGAUUUGAAGGAGUUAAAACCGGCUACGAAGCACAAAUUUGUGCAAAAGGGGAAGGGAAAGAAGGCGAAAUGA